AUGGCUUCCACCACAUUCAACGCUUCGUCGAGUCUCCCUGCUACUUUGAAAGGCUUGGAUUGCAACACCUACAAACCGACCCUGGGUAAUUUAAGGUUCAUCGCGUCGCCUAAUAAGAAACCCAUCGCUGUUCCUUCUUCGUCUUCUCCGGCUCCGAAACGGCGGGUGCUUCCUUUGGCGAGAGCGACCAGCGAUGUGCCGGUGAAGACGGGAUUGAGCGAUGCGGAAUGUGAAGCAGCUGUUGCCGCUGGGAACGUCCCCGAGGCGCCUCCUGUCCCGCCCACACCCCUUGCUCCCGCCGGAACUCCCGUCGUUCCUUCGCUUCCGCUUUCCAGGCGCCCUCGUCGAAAUCGAAGGUCACCUGCGCUUAGAGCAGCGUUUCAGGAAACCACUAUAUCCCCGGCGAAUUUUGUUUAUCCACUUUUCAUUCACGAAGGCGAGGAGGACACGCCUAUUGGGGCUAUGCCAGGAUGUUAUAGGCUUGGAUGGAGACAUGGGCUUUUGGAAGAGGUUGCAAAGGCCCGGGAUGUUGGUGUGAACAGUAUAGUACUCUUCCCUAAAGUUCCUGAUGCCUUGAAGACCCCUACUGGAGAUGAAGCUUAUAAUGAAAAUGGUCUAGUUCCAAGGACCAUACGGCUGCUCAAGGACAAAUUCCCUGGUCUUGUCAUAUAUACUGACGUAGCUCUCGAUCCGUAUUCAUCCGAUGGGCAUGAUGGUAUUGUGAGAGAAGAUGGUGUCAUAAUGAAUGAUGAGACAGUACACCAACUGUGCAAGCAAGCUGUUGCACAGGCUCGAGCAGGAGCUGAUGUUGUUAGUCCUAGUGACAUGAUGGAUGGUCGUGUUGGAGCUAUCCGUGAUGCUCUAGAUGAUGCAGGGUUUCAGCAUGUUUUAAUCAUGUCCUACACGGCAAAGUACGCUAGUUCUUUCUAUGGCCCAUUCCGGGAAGCACUGGACUCAAAUCCACGUUUCGGUGAUAAGAAGACUUAUCAGAUGAACCCUGCAAAUUAUAGAGAGGCUAUGGUUGAGGUCCAUGAAGAUGAAUCUGAAGGGGCUGAUAUACUCCUGGUGAAACCCGGUCUUCCAUAUCUUGAUAUCAUCAGGCAAAUAAGAGACAACUCUGCAUUGCCAAUUGCUGCAUAUCAGGUCUCGGGGGAAUACUCGAUGAUCAAAGCUGGCGGGAUGCUGAAAAUGAUUGAUGAAGAGAAGGUAAUGAUGGAGUCCUUGUUGUGUCUCCGAAGAGCUGGCGCUGACAUCAUCCUCACCUAUUUCGCUCUGCAAGCUGCUAGAUGUCUGUGUGGCAAAAAAAGGUAA